AUGACGUUUCGCUAUGAAGAUGGUAUCGCGGUGUUGCAGCUCAUCGCCUUCGUGCCCUGCCUCUUCCUCGCCCUUCUUUUGUGUUAUCAGCAAGGUAUGAAGGCUGUAGCCUCAUGCUGGAGAUUUCUCAUUAUCCUCGCCUGUCUCCGAAUUGCCGGCGCUGUAUGUCAGCUCAUCAGCAUCACUGACGACUCGAUCGAUGUGAUCACCACAAAAAUCACAUGCGACUUGUUGGGCAUCGCGCCGCUAACCCUGGCUGCCGUGGGUUUGCUGCAAAGAGUAAAUGCCUCGAUCAACAAGCUCUCCAAAUGGAUCUUCAUAUUUGUCAGCAUCGUCAGCUUGGUCGGACUGGCCCUUGGUAUUGCCGGCGCUAUCAAGGCCCUCGACACCUACACCAUCCCCGCCAUGCUCCAAGCCGCACUGGGCAUGUUCGUCGGAUGCUUGGGUCUCCUACUGGCCAUUAUGGGGUACCUGACCAUCUACCGCAACGAGAUGCCUCGCAACGAGAGGAUCAUCCUGUACUCAGUAUACGCCUGUGCGCCACUACUUAUUGUGCGCACCAUCUACGGUUGCUUGGGUGAUUACACGAAUAUCGAGAAGUUCAACCUGUUCGAGCCCAACCCCACGGUCAAUCUAUGCAUGGGCGUCCUCGAGGAAAUUUUCCUUAUGAUUAUCUGCCUCGCUGUCGGCUUUUACUGCCCCCCGCCCAAGGAGCCUCAACCCGAAGAGGCUGCCCGCACGAGGAAUUCGGACGAGACCACCAUUGUAGAGAAACGCUCCUCUGAGCCCAACGAUGCCCGCCCCGACACCAUGAACAAGGAGAAACUGGCUGAGGAGGGACGCAUGGGGACCCCGGUUGCCGAGGCUGCGUAA